AUGCGUGCAACGUACGCCGUUCAAGGCCUCCUGGUAGCUUCCACGACGAUGGCAGCAUCGUACAAUCCGCAGUAUAUUGUUCUUGGAACGGAUGGUACGGUGGUUGAUGCCGAUCCCAGUCUGUACUUCCGAACUGGUAGGAACCAACCCUAUCAACACCAAGGCCAAUUCGAAACCGAGCAAGAGCUUGAUGACUUGGCCAAACAAAUUGAACCUGAAGAGCUUCCGGUGGUCACUCUGCCUUCAUCACACGAUGAACUGCUUGCUGUGACAGAUGUUGACUCCCCGGACCAGGAUUCCGAUGAGGACGAGUUCUCGACAAGCACAGUAUCCCAGGAGACAGCAGCUACCGUCUCGUGGAGCACACUCGCUUUAAUCGAUGAAGAUAUCCCCGGAGUUUACGGUUCUGUCGUAUUCGCCGAGUUGAGUUGCUGUUUUGUGGCAUUCAUCGGAUAUUUGGUGCGCUCGAUUCCUCUAUGGGUCAGCUUCUCCAGGGGUCAGAAAUGCUGCCUCAUCGUGGCGUUCAGUGUAGCAUUUCUCUAUCAGUUUGCAGCUCUGGGCUGGUUCUUUGGUGCUGUGACUCCAGAGCUCAUGCUAGGACUAUCGAGCCUCAUCACGCGAACAAUCUCGCUGGGAAUGGUGCCGAUCACCACCACAUCGUUCAUGGGUCGUGCGAGGUCCUGCCAAGACCACUCUACUACAACUCCAGCACGGUCAAAAAAGUCUUCCCAUUCGCGAAACUCACACCGCCAUCACUCACGCGCCAGAUCCAGCUAGAACUCUUUUCUACGCCCCUAAGUCGUAUAUAUCGCUAUGUAAUUCAUACAUGAAACAACCCAAAGGAACAACUAUUCAACUCCAGAAAGCAAAA